CUGACAUCUCGACAUUACCGAUCAUCGGUUGAUAAUCGACACGAGUUAAAUAUACCACCGAGAAUGGCCCACAGAGUCGACAGUUGCGACAUCCAUCAGCAACGCCUUCGUCUGAGGCAUCUUUCCUGCUCAAAAUGGCGUCCACAAGCAGUCGCUCUAAAGACCCCAGCUCGUUCGCGGUCGAACAACGCGCAUCGUUCCAGGGACAGCGAACGGGGACGGAGACCAUCGUUCUCGAAACCCAUCACAGCUUCGAAGAGCAAGAUGAACCUCCCAUAAUCCUCAGACUCUCAGGCGAAGACAACGGUUCCUCGGAACCACCCAUCCGCGCAGUAUCGACAGCCAAGGGUGUCACGGUGAUCGUCACCCUAGCCGGAGUCAGCUUCCUGAACACGAUGGGCUCGGGCAUUCUCAUCGCCGCCCUCCCCCGAAUCGCACAAGAUAUCGGCAUACCCGACGGCCUGAUCCUGUGGCCCGCUGCCGUUUACGCCCUCGCGGCAGGCUGCCUGCUGUUGAUAUUUGGGGCCGUGGCCGAUAUCAUCGGCGCCAAGCUGCUGUGGGUAACUGGGAGUUUCCUGUAUGUCGUCCUCACCCUCGCAAUCGGACUGUCGCGGACGGGCCUCCAGAUGAUUCUGUUCAGGACCUUUCUGGGCAUCGCUAUCUCCAUGUGUCUGCCCACGGCCGUCGGGCUGAUCACCCACACCUUCCCCCGGGGGCCAUGGAGGAACACGGCGUUCGCGAUGAACGGGAUGGGCCAGCCUCUCGGCUAUGCCCUCGGUCUGGUCCUCGGGGGCAUCUUCACGGACACCGUGGGAUGGAGAUGGGCAUACUAUAUGAUGGCGAUCAUCAAUUUCGGCCUGUCGAUGGCCUCGAUCUGGUCGCUUCCGUCGAUUCCCACCGUGUCCAGCAAAAGCCGGAAGCGCCGUCUGAUCGAGGAAGUCGACUGGCUGGGUGCGGUGCUCAUCAGCGUCGGCCUCGGUCUUCUGAUGUAUGUGCUCGCGAUGACGACCUCGUCGUACCGCAACAUCGGCGAGGCGCAGAACAUCGUCCUGCUCGUGCUCUCCAUCUCCCUCCUCGUCGCGUUCCCCUUCUGGAUCCACCACCAGACAAAACACUCCCGACCAGCCCUGAUCCCCAACAAGCUCUGGCGAAACCCCUCGUUCACCUCCAUCUGCAUCUCGGUCUUCUUCUGCUGGGCCUCGCUGAACAGCCUCGAGUACUUUGCCACCCUAUACUUCCAAAACAUCCAAGGCCUCUCCGCCCUCCAAAGCUCCCUCCGCUUCCUCCCGCACGUCAUCAUGGGCGUAUCCGUGAACAUCAUAACCGCGAUCCUGAUCGCACGCGUCCGCAUCCAAAUCCUCGCCACCGUCUCCGCGCUAAUCACCCUGAUCGCUCCGAUCCUGAUGGCCACCGUACGCAUCGACGAGAGUUUCUGGCUCGCGCCUUUCUGGGCGUUAUUCCUCUCGCCCAUGAACCCGGAUGUCCUCUUCACCGUCUCCAACCUCGUCAUCUCCGACGCCUUCCCCCCAGACAUCCAGUCCCUGGCGGGCGGCGUCUUCAACGAGGUCGCGCAGUUCGGGAACUCGGUUGGACUGGCGGUCACGGCGGCGAUUGCGGCGUCGAUCACGGAGCACGCGAACGCGUCCACGUCCACAUCCACGUCCCCAUCCGCGGGGCUGGACGAGAGGCAGGCACUGAUGAAGGGGUACCGGGGGGCGUUCUGGACGGUGUUUGCGAGUGCGGCGACGGUGUUGGUGGUUGUGUUUGUGGGGUUGAGGAAUGGGGGGAUGGUGGGGGUUAAGAGGGACUGA